UUCGCCAAGGCGGAGGGGAGAACAGCCGCCCCCCGCCCCCAGCGCGCCUGCAUGGCUCCUCUCCCCCGGAGCGCCCCUGGAAAAUAAAAUCCGCCUCAGGCCAGGUGACGUCCCCCCGCCUCCGCGCUCACACACACGGGGAGCGGCAGAGGCGGGGGAGCGCCCGCCUGUGAAAACAUGGAGGGACCCUCGGGGCCGGCGGAGGAAGGGGAGCUGCCGCUGCUCACCGUCAAGCACGAGCUGAGGAACGCAAAUUUGACAGGCCAUGCAGAGAAAGUUGGCAUUGAAAACUUUGAACUCCUGAAAGUUCUUGGAACAGGGGCCUAUGGAAAAGUGUUCCUAGUAAGGAAAGUAAGCGGCCACGAUGCUGGAAAGCUGUAUGCCAUGAAAGUACUGAAGAAAGCAACAAUAGUUCAAAAAGCCAAAACAACUGAGCACACAAGGACAGAACGACAAGUAUUGGAGCACAUUAGGCAAUCACCAUUUUUGGUCACAUUACAUUAUGCCUUCCAGACAGAUACAAAGCUUCAUCUCAUUUUAGACUAUAUAAAUGGAGGAGAAUUGUUUACUCACCUUUCACACAGAGAGAGAUUCUCAGAAAGCGAGGUGCAAAUUUACAUUGGGGAAAUCGUUUUGGCACUUGAACAUCUCCACAAGUUGGGGAUUAUCUAUCGGGAUAUAAAACUUGAGAAUAUUCUCCUUGAUUCUGAUGGCCACGUGGUGCUGACAGACUUUGGUCUGAGUAAGGAGUUUCUUACUGAUGAGAAUGAGAGAGCAUAUUCCUUCUGUGGAACCAUAGAGUACAUGGCUCCAGAUAUUGUAAGAGGAGGAGAUACAGGACAUGAUAAGGCUGUUGAUUGGUGGAGUGUUGGUGUUCUUAUGUAUGAACUAUUAACUGGAGCAUCACCAUUUACAGUUGAUGGAGAGAAGAAUUCCCAAGCAGAGAUUUCUAGGAGAAUAUUAAAAAGUGAGCCCCCUUAUCCACAAGAAAUGAGUGCACUGUCUAAGGAUAUAAUUCAGCGUCUUCUGAUGAAAGACCCCAAGAAGAGGCUAGGUUGUGGUCCCACUGAUGCCGAUGAAAUCAAACAGCAUCCCUUUUUCCAGAAUAUGAAUUGGGAUGAUUUAGCUGCCAAAAAAGUAUCAGCUCCAUUUAAACCGGUAAUCAGAGAUGAGUUGGAUGUCAGUAAUUUUGCGGAAGAGUUUACAGAAAUGGAUCCAACGUAUUCUCCUGCAGCAACCCCUCAGACUUCAGAAAGGAUAUUUCAGAAUGAUCCCUUCUUUGACUGCACAGUCUGGAUGUCAAAUGGGCAGAAACAGCUCAUGUGCAGCCAACUUGGUACCAAAGCUGCAGAGGGAUAUUCUUUCGUUGCACCUUCUAUUUUGUUUAAACGCAAUGCAGCUACAGUAGAUCCUCUUCAGUUUUAUAUCGGGGAUGAGCGGCCUGGAACUACAACUAUUGCCAGAAGUGCUAUGAUGAAGGACUCUCCAUUUUAUCAUCAUUAUGAACUGGAUCUGAAAGAGAAACCAUUGGGAGAAGGAAGUUUUUCCAUUUGUCGAAAGUGCUUACACAAGAAAACUAGCCAAGAGUAUGCAGUAAAAAUAAUUAGCAAAAGAAUGGAAGCCAACACCCAGAGAGAAAUAACAGCUCUGAAACUCUGCGAAGGACACCCAAAUGUAGUGAAGUUACAUGAAGUUUAUCAUGACCAGCUUCACACGUUUCUAGUAAUGGAAUUGCUGAAGGGAGGAGAACUGCUUGAACGUAUUCAGAAAAAGAAACAUUUCAGUGAGACUGAAGCCAGUCAUAUUAUGCGCAGACUUGUUUCAGCGGUGAGCCAUAUGCACGAUGUAGGAGUAGUCCACAGAGAUCUGAAACCUGAGAAUUUAUUGUUUACGGAUGAAACUGAUAAUUCAGAAAUAAAAAUAAUUGAUUUUGGCUUUGCUCGUUUAAAACCACCUGAUAAUCAGCCUCUUAAGACUCCGUGUUUUACUCUUCAUUAUGCUGCCCCAGAGCUCUUGAAUCACAAUGGUUAUGACGAAUCAUGUGAUCUGUGGAGUUUGGGGGUCAUUUUGUAUACAAUGCUAUCAGGACAGGUACCAUUUCAGUCUCAAGACAAAAGUUUAACAUGUACCAGUGCAUUGGAAAUUAUGAAGAAAAUAAAAAAGGGGGAAUUUUCCUUUGAAGGAGAAGCUUGGAAAAAUGUUUCUGAAGAGGCUAAAGAGUUAAUUCAAGGACUUCUAACAGUGGAUCCAAACAAAAGAAUUAAAAUGUCCAGCCUGAGAUACAACGAAUGGCUUCAGGAUGGCAGCCAGCUGUCAUCCAACCCUCUAAUGACUCCUGAUAACUUAGGCUCUUCAGGAGCUGCGGUGCAUACAUAUGUCAAAGCCACUUUUCAUGCCUUUAACAAGUACAAAAGGGAAGGAUUUUGUCUCCAGAAUGUUGACAAGGCACCUCUUGCAAAGAGAAGGAAAAUGAAAAAAACAAGUACAAGCACAGAGACACGUAGCAGCUCCAGUGAAAGUUCACAUUCUUCUUCCUCUCAUUCUCAUGGUAAAACUACACCUACAAAGACACUGCAGCCAACAAACCCUACAGACAGCAAUAACCCAGAAACCAUCUUCCAGUUCUCUGACUGAAAAGCAGAGAAUAUCCUGUCUUGAAGAUUUAAGUGGUUAUAAACUUGGUAGUACCUAUAUUGUCUUUUCCCACCCGUCCUCCCUGUGGCUUAAAGACUACAGGAAUGUCUGUCGCUUUAAAAAUGUAUUUCAAUCAUACCUUUUUAGCUUUGUAUUUCAAUACAUUUCUUUUUAGCAUUAAGUUUGGUAUCACUGGAUAUGGUAUAAUACUAUUAUACAACCAACAUUGCAUUCUCUUAGGGCUAAAUUACUAGUAUGCAGUGAAGCUCGAGGUAAGGAGCUAUGCUGCUCGUGGUACAGCUUGGAGGAAGACUGUUUCUCAGUGUCAGAAUCUUCCUCCCAGUUUCUUCCCCACUGUUCAAAGAAAGGAAAGCUCCGUAACACACACAGAACUCUUGGAUCUUCUGCUUUUACGCAGCUCUGUGAAGAAUGUCAAUAGAACUUGAUUCUUCAUGCAUGCAAAGAAUCAUUGGUACAAUGCACCAAAGCAGUAUAGUACUUCAAGGCCUUUUAAAAUUGUGAUUACAUUCUAUCCCAUUUAUUUGAAUUUUAAGAGCAAAAUGAAGUGUUAUGGAACUGUUAGGUGGUUUUAAAAGGUAACUCCUUAUAUCUUGUUCUAAACAACUGGGAGUAUAAGUCUUAGGGGUUUUUUUAUUUAUUUAAUUUUUAAAAAAACGUCUAGGGUAAAAGAUGUCUGAUAGGGCGAGGUGUCUAGUACUGUGAUACAACAAUUUUUAUUUCUACUUUUUGAAGUUAUUAACUUUUAAAAUGUUUUACAGAUUCUAAAAUGUAAUGCUAUAAGAGAAAGUGAAAUUUCAUAUUGAAUGCUUUGGAAAAUGGUCACAUGUUAAAAUAUCUAUUUCAAGAACUAAUUAUAAUUUAUAUUUCUUUUUAUAUUUACACAAUAACUUUAAAAUACUAAGAUUUUUUUAAAGAUGCAAAACCUCCAGUUUCAACAUUUGUUAUUAUAGGGUCCAUACAAAAUGUAUACCAAGUAUUUGAAUUUUGCAUUGUGCAAAUAUGGCAGUUUAACAGUGACUGUAAAAUAUUAGAAUAUAUGUUUUCUUUUUUGCACUUUAUAACAUCAAACGGAUAUGUUUUGUAAUAAAGUGCACUCAGAUCUCUCUUCCUACAAGGUGCUGAGCACUGUUUUACUGGGUUGAAUGACCUGAAACCCACCAUAUUUGGUGGUUGUGGUCAUUGAGAAGGAGAAUUCUGUACUUUGCAGGAGUGAAUCCCUGUAUAUUACCCACUGUUUUCAUUCCUUACUUUAAACUGCGAAGCUCUUUCUAUCUUGCUUUUACAUUGUAUAUAACAAAUACUAGACCUGGGCACCUUGUGUAGUGUAGAUGUUAACAACUUAUGCACUGGGAAUACUAAAGGGAAAUUAUAUUGAACACUGUGCUUCACAACUUGUUCACUGUGGUGUUCUACAGUGAAGUAUUUCCUACUGUGAUAGUAUAGUAUGUACAUAACUUUGGAAUCAUAAAUGUGACUUACAGAAACAUCAGCAUAAACUUUUAGAUCAGUGUAUUUUAUAAAUUUGUGGAGAGCUCUUUUAUUGCUCGUAUUCUCAAUGACUAGGGGUAACUUAAGUGCAAAAAUGACUCCAGUUUUGCAAAUGCUUACCAUGUGUAAGUUUCCACUGAAGUCCGAGAGACUCCUUGUGUAAAGUUAAUCAUAUGCCUAAAUUUGUGUGAGGGAAGACCAAUUGACCAGGGGAUUUUGUUAACAGCUUGCUCUAUCUUAAAGUAACCUUAAUCCAAACCCUAUGCAAAAAA